AUGGGUUUAUUUGUGUUUUAAACAAUAUAACGGUAAAUUUAGACAGUGAGAGAAAUAUGAAAAUUAUAAAUUUGUUUGUAACAUUCUUAUUUAUUCUGGCUUCAAGAGAUACCUUGUCUCAAGAUUGUGAACCGAAGGAGUGCUUCAAAUAUCUUGACGAAAUUAUCUCAAAAAAUCCACCACCUCCAUCCUCUUUUAAAAUACCGGACCCCAAACACACAAAAUUUAACCAGUUCAAUGAUUUAAUAAGCAGAUUUCACAAUUUAGUUAACUUAAUAAACGAAGUUAAAAAAAUUCAAGUAAUGUUAAAUCCAGAGGAGGAGAAGGCCCACGCAAUUAAAAAAUUGCAAGAAGUUGUAGGUGAAAUAGACGAAAUUGAGUACAAUAAUUCAAAGCAAAUAUGUACGAGUGCUGAAAACAAAAUGAAACUAUUAGAAGAUUCGGUCCAGGAAUUAAAAGAAUUAGAAAAAGAACUUGAUUCGUCAAAAAGUGAUUUUAACGAAAGUAAAUUAAAAAAAGUUUAUAAGGACAGUCAGACAAACCACGAACUCGUUAGACAUUUAAUAUCUACAAUAUUGAAUACAUCUUGUGAGAAUCUAGCAAUAAGUUUGGAUUCUUUGUUGAAAGUCAUAGAAUUUAACAAAAAUGUUCUAAUGAAACUGUUUGAAGAAUUAUGUAAAAAAAUGAACAUGCUCUUUGAUAUAGAUGAAAUAAAAAAACUUUCCAAAGAGUAUUUCUCAGAAAUUCCUCCCCCUUUCUAUUCAUUCGAAGAUAAAUUAGCACCAACGGUCGAAGAAUAUGUUAAUAAAAUUAAGCUUUUGGAUACUACGCUACUCGAUCAAAUUCAAAAGGAGAUUGAUGAGAAGACACUAAAAUUAGACGAAAUGGAGAAGUUCUUAAAGGAGAUUACUGAUCAAAUUCCGGGUGUGAGAAGAACUAUCGAGACACACGUAAAAAAUUUGGAAAAUCUUCAAUAUUCGUUUCAGACUAUGCUUGAUGAAUACCAAAUCUUAGUCAAACGUAGUGAGUCCUUACCGAAAACUGAAGCCGAAUGUCCUAGAGCAACUCUCGAAGAAUAGUAUUGUUUAUAUUCUUUUUAACCAAGAUUAUGAAAACCUAAGGUGAUAAAUAAAUCUGUAUAAAACAAACCAAAUU